AUGCAAGCACCGGCUCACAAGGGCCCCAAGGCCUGCACUACCUGUGCCAAGGCAAAGGCAAGGUGCAUCCUCAGCGCAGGAAGCGGCGAUGGCGCCAAGUGUGAGAGAUGCUACCGCCUCAAGAAGGAUUGCUAUUCCCGCGCUCCGGCCCCGCCUCGUAUCAAGAAGCGCCCCAAGAGGUCGAGGGUCGCCGAGCUGGAGAAGCGGCUCAACGAACUGUCGUCCCAGUUCGACGGCGGCCAGAAUCAACUCGGGGCAACGAGGACGGCAGCAAUGAUGCCCAAGCCGACGCCAAAGAUUCCGGAAAAGGGCGAGAUGCUGAACCUUGAGCACCUCUUCCCGUCGCCGAGCUCGACCAGCGCAGAGAGCGAGUCAGCUGCUUGGAGCCCGGAAGCCUUGCGUUCCUGGGAGUCUCCUUGGCCGCUCCCCGGUGAGGCCGGAGUCUUGCUCGAACAAUACCACGACGCCUUUGCCCACCUCUUCCCUUUCGUGCCUGUUCCCAACGUCACCGCCGCCGAGCUGCGCACCGAGCGACCGUUCCUUUGGAAAGCCGUCAUGAUGGCCAGUUGCAUAUUUGACGCCGCGCGCCAGGCCAAGUUGGGCGAGGAGCUGCUGGCAGACAUCGGAAAGGCAGCCGUCGUCGAUGGCGAAAGGAGCCUGGACUUGUUGCAAGGACUGGAAGUCUUGGUCGCUUGGUUCCAUUGUGCGCUCAAGAGCUCGCAGGUGACCAACUUGCUUUUCCUCGCAAGGUCUAUGUGCGUCAACCUCAAUUCCAUGUCGUACGGAUCCGGGGAUGGCGACGCCAAGUACGGAAGUCUGGACUGUGCGCGGGCCUAUGCGGGAGUGUACUACAUCAACACCCUCGUCUUCACCACAAACAAAAGAACCGACGUCUUGAUGGACACGGCGCAGCUGGAAACGUAUUGCAGCCUUGUCGAGACUCGCAUGGAAUAUCCAUCCGAUCUGUACCUGAUCAAGCUCAUCAAAAUCCAGCAGAUAGCCCAGACAAUUUCCCUCGCCAUGGCCUUUAACCCCGCCAUGCCGGCUACGUCUUUACCUCCCAUGGUGGUGGUAGACCUGUUCCGGGAUCAGCUGGACACCUUCAGGGCCACCUUGCCAGCAAGCCUUGUCGAAAAUCAAACUCUCCAAUGUCACACUUCCAUUGCCGAGUUGCUCCUGGCGGACAUGGCCAUCUCUGACCAGCACUGUAGCGCAUCCAACAUGGCUCUGGCCGAUCGACUGCAGCUCCUCUGGGCCUGUGUCCGCUCCCUCCGCGCAUUCUUUAAAGUCCGCUUCGCCGGGUCCGAGAUCGAGAGGCCGCGCUUUCUCACCCUCAUCGCCUCGGACCUCGCUUACGCAUUUAUCACCGGCAUCAAGCUUCUUACCCUAAGCGUUCCCGGGUGGAACGUCGAUGAUAUCGGCUCCGAGCUGCCGCUUGACCAGAUACUCGGCCGCCAGAUCCAGGACCUUGACGAAAUCAUCACCAAGCGGAAAGGCGGCAUGUUGUCGACCGACAAGUCCGGGUUGGAGGAUCCGCUCGAGCGUCUGCUGCGGUUGUUGAGGACGGCCCAGGAGCUUGUGGCGCUGCAGCUAAGCGGCGUGACGCCCCAGGAGAUUGCUCAGGAGAUUGUCCAGGAUCUGAGCGGCGAAAAAUGGCAGGACCUGGUGGCCGACUCGACGGUGCUAGUACCGUGA